AUGCGGCGCGCUAAUACCGCAAUUAGAAGAGAAUAUCAUAUGAUUCCCACCCUUGACGAUCUGCUUACCAGGUUUGCCGGGCGCAAAUGGUUUUCCAAACUUGACAUAAAAGAUGCAUACCAUCAGGUAGAACUUGACGAGUCAAGCCGGCAUAUUACAACGUUUAUCACACAUGUGGGCAUGUUUCGAUACACCAGAUUAAUGUUCGGUGUGUGCAGCGCUCCUGAACAGUUUCAACGCAUUGUCGAACAACUCUUAUGCGAUUGUCCUUUAGCUCAUAACUAUCAAGACGACAUCAUUCUCGCAGCGAAGACAGAAGAAGAGCAUGAUCAAGCACUGAAGACAGUGUUGUCCAAAUUAGAGGAGCAUAACGUCGUGCUAAACCACAAAAAGUGCCAAUUCAAGGUAAAAGAAACUAUGUUUUUGGGCCACAACAUCUCUCGAGAAGGCGUCAAGGCAAACGAGGUUAAAAUCAAAGCAAUUCAACAGUUCAGGCCACCAAAAACCGCUGAAGAAAUCCGGAGUUUUUUGGGGCUUGUCGGGUACGUAGGUCGAUUCAUCCCGGAUCUGGCUACAAAGACAUUUGAGCUUAGGCAAUUGAUGACGAGUAUUCUAGUGCAGUUCAACGACGACCUCGAAAACGAGCCGGUGGUGAUAUCUUACGCAAGCAAAUCACUAUCACCAACAGAGCGGCGAUAUUGUCAGACAGAGAAGGAAGCACUAGCAAUCGUGUGGAGUAUCGAGAAGUUUCAACUAUACCUACUGGGUCGAGAAUUCCAUUAUUCCAUACCAUUUCAAAAAGACUUGGCUCUGCUUGAAGAUAACAUUAUUCGUGGAUGUAGGUUAGUAAUCCCACACAGUUUGCGGCCCAGGAUGCUGCAAUUAGCCCACGAAGGACACCCUGGAGAAACGGGAAUGAUCACACGACUGCGGGACAGAGUAUGGUGGCCCGGCAUGAACAAAGAAGCAAGGAAAACUGUAAGAGAAUGCGAAGGAUGCCGUUUAGUCAGCCGUCCCUCAGCUCCCGAGCCAAUGACCCGACGACAAAUGCCCGAUGAACCAUGGAUCGAUGUCGCAAUGGAUUUCCUGGGUUCACUUCCAUCUGGCAACUACUUGCUAGUGAUUGUGGACUAUUUCAGUCGUUACAAAGAGGUAUGUAUCAUGCGUAAAAUCACCUCGGAGGAUACUAUCAAGAACAUAGAACCCAUAUUUGUGCGGCUGGGCUAUCCACGAACGUUAACGUUGGACAGCGGAAGGCAAUUCAUCAGUUCUGAAUUUGACAAUUACUGUCGUGCCAGAAAUAUACAGCUAAAUCACACCGCACCAUACUGGCCUCAGGCGAACGGUGAAGUAGAGCGACAGAAUAGCUCGCUGUUAAAGCGCCUCAAAAUUAGUCAUGCUUUAAAUCGUGAUUGGAAAACCGAUCUCCUCGAUUACCUCAUGAUGUACAACACCACGCCACAUUGUACGACGGGAAAGACGCCAACCGAACUUCUGAAAGGAAAAACUAUUCGAUCAAAAAUUCCUUCAAUAAGCGACAUUGAAACAAUGUCAAACAUACACGGAGAAGCGCAAGACAGAGACACAGUAAGGAAGCACCAAGGAAAAAUCUAUGAAGAUCGAAGACGCCAUGCUCGGUCAUCAGAAAUCAAAGAAGGAGAUUGUGUAUUACUACAAAACCUCCUCUCAAGUCAUAAACUGUCGACAACCUUCAAUCCAGUGGAAUAUACUGUAACAGGGAGAAGAGGUAAUCGUAUCAAGGUAAUUGAUCCAAUUUCAGGUAACAGGCAUGAGCGCAACUUGGCUCAUGUGAAGAGGGUGGACAAAUCCGAUACCAUAUUGCCAUCAACAAUGGAUCCGGUCCCGAUGGCAUCAUCUUCGUUGAUCGUGUCUCCAGCAACAACACCUGGACCAAGCCGCGUUCCAAUCGCUUCGACUCUAAUGACAGUAUCCCCUGUCCACAGGCCAUCUAGGUGUAUAACAAAACCGUCGUGGCAAAAGGACUAUAUCACACAAAUUACGACGGACAAAUCCCCGUAA